UUUAAUUAUCCAUUGGAUGUUACCAGUCCUUCAUGCAGAGGAUCUACCAUUGUCAAGGGCUUUGUUUAUCCCUGGAUCCGAUUGGAGCCUUUUCCCACCUUCUAAGGCCCGCUAAUCCAUCGGGCCGCCUCAUGUUCAAAGACAUCUAUCUAAAGAUCUUUCGGCACGAUAUCGUUGGAUCUCCACACUUUAAAUCGAUUAUGCUCUAAGACGUGUAUUGUAGUGUCAGGACUAGUCUACAGUGCGGAGCUCAACGCAUUUGCAAGAAUACUCUUCAUAGGUACGACGUCUCUAAAAGUAUGACCUCGCUAACACUAAGAACACUCGCCAGUUUCCUUCUCGUCCCUGGCCUCGUCUCUGCGGCCUCCCUUCAACAGAUCACCAAAUUCGCCACAAACCCUACAAACGUAGGCUUCUACAUCUACGUCCCUGACAAGCUCGCCAGCAAACCUCCCAUCCUCCUCGUCCCACACGCCUGUCAUGGCAAAGCGCAAGAUGCCUGCACAGGCACCAAGUAUGCCACCCCAGCCAACACCUACGGCAACAUCGUCAUCUAUCCCGAUUCGCCCAGCACAUCCGACAAGUGCUGGGACGUGAGCUCCACGCAAUCCCUAACCCGAAACGGCAGCGACAACGCCCACGGCAUCGUCUCCAUGAUCCAGUGGACACUGAGCAACUACGCCGGCGACGCCAGCCGUGUAUUCGUAACCGCUGCGUACCCGGGCGAUUCGGGGCUAGGCCGAAGAUGCAGGUGUUCCAUGGGACUGCGGACACGACGCUGUAUCCGCAGAAUCUGCAGGAGGAGAUGAAGCAGUUGAUGAGUGUGCUGGGGGUUAGUGGGAGUCUGAGUGGGACGAGUGCGGACGCCGGUUAGU